UAAACGUAUAACGUGUACGGUAUAUACCGGAGAGACAACACGGCCAUUAGAAGGCUUUGACGAAACGAAAGGAACGAAACGGAACGAGUAUCAAAUUUUCCCCUGGAUGCACCCAGCAUAUAACUGCUGAAACAUGCCAGCUAAGAGUACUACAUCAAUAUUGACUAAGCUGCGUUCUCUGAUGAAAAACAAAGCAUAUGUCUCUGAGCCACUUCAUGCAUAUAUUGUACCAUCUGGAGAUGCUCACCAGAGUGAAUAUAUAGCACCAUGUGACUGUAGGAGGGCGUUUGUUUCUGGCUUUGAUGGAUCUGCAGGUACAGCAGUGAUUACAGAGCAUGAAGCAGGACUGUGGACAGAUGGUCGCUAUUUUCUACAGGCAGAAAAACAGCUAGAUGAAAACUGGAAAUUAAUGAAAGAUGGUCUGCCAAGCACCCCGAGUCAGGGAGACUGGUUGUCGAAACUACUGCCAGUAGGCGGGAGAGUCGGAGUUGAUCCCUUUCUUAUGGCUACAGAGACUUGGAAACCACUGUCAAAACUGCUGAAAUCUAAUGGACAUCGUCUGGUACCCGUGUCACGGAACUUGAUAGACAUGGUAUGGGAAGACCAGCCUCCUCCCCCUAACAACAGUCUCAUGGUCCUUGGUCAGAAAUAUACAGGCAAAACGUGGGAGGAAAAGAUACAGUUAGUAAGGGCAAAGUUAGAAGAGAAAAAAGCUGAUGCCCUUGUUGUUACUGCUCUAGAUGAAGUGGCUUAUUUAUUCAACAUGCGGGGGUCGGACAUAGAAUACAAUCCUGUCUUCUUUGCUUAUGCUGUGAUAACUAAGAAUUAUGUGCAUUUGUUUCUUGAUGAAGACCGGCUGGAUAAUAAAGUAAGGCAUCAUUUAAACCUAGACAUGCAAAAUGGCAAUGAAGAUGUGAAAAUUACAGUCUUACGUUACGGAGAUGUCAAGUCAUUUGUAGCUGAUCUUCCAAAAAAUGUCUCUGGCAAAAUAUGGAUCAGUGAUAAGUCAAGUUUUGGUCUGGUAAACUCAAUACCAAAGUUACGUCGACUAAGUCAACCAUCACCGAUAGCUCUAAUGAAAGCUGUAAAAAAUGAUGCUGAAAUUGAAGGCAUGAAGAGAGCUCAUGUAAAGGAUGCAGUUACACUGUGUGAAUAUUUCAGUUGGUUGGAACAAAAUGUACCAUCAGGAAAUGUUACAGAAGUGUCUGCUGCUGAUAAAUUAGAAGAAAUCAAAAGAGGCCAAGAUGAUUACGUAAGCCUGAGUUUUGCUACAAUCUCCAGUACAGGUCCUGAUGGUGCCAUCAUUCAUUAUCAUCCCUUACCAGAAACAGACAAAGCUUUAUCUACUGAAGAAGUGUAUCUCUGUGAUUCUGGAGCUCAGUACAAAGAUGGAACAACUGAUGUGACAAGAACAAUGCACUUUGGAACUCCUUCAGACUAUGAAAAGGAAUGUUUUACAAGAGUGUUGAAGGGUCAUAUAAACCUCUCUACUGCAAUCUUUCCUAAUGGUGUCAAAGGUCAGUUGUUGGAUUCCUUAGCUCGCACAGCAUUAUGGGAAGCUGGUCUGGACUACCUGCAUGGCACUGGUCAUGGUGUUGGAGCCUUCCUUAAUGUACAUGAAGGUCCAUGUGGUAUCCAUCAAAGAGUCAUGCAUGAAACUCCAUUACAGGAAGGAAUGAUUCUUUCAGAUGAGCCAGGAUACUAUGAAGAUGGCAAAUUUGGUUGUAGAAUAGAGAAUGUUGUCAUUAUUGUUAAAUAUGAUACAAAGUACAACUUUAGAGAGAAGGGUUUCCUGACUUUUGAACCUUUGACAUUAGUGCCUAUACAGAGUAAGAUGAUAGAUGCUAGUCUACUUACACAGAAAGAGAUUGAGUGGUUGAAUGAUUACCAUUCUAAAUGCAGAGAUAUUGUGGGUGCUGAGUUACUACAACAAGGGAAAAGUGCUGCAUACAAAUAUCUUAUGCGUGAAACACAACUUAUAGGAUAAAGAUCUUUUCUACUGUCAAACAAACCUACAAUAAACUGUCUGUGAAAUCUUGAGUAUGGGACAUAUAUUUUGCUACACCUGAUAAUUCCUGUGCGGAAUAGAUACACUUCCUCAGAGAAAUACAACAAACCGGACAUAGUUUCUUGCUUGUAAAAAAUAAUAGACAUCUGGACAAACUUUGUGAUAUAUUUCUACCCAUAAGAAAGACAAACGAGGGUUAUUCUACGAUAAACCUUACUUAGAUACUUAUUAUUUCGAUUCAAACACGACUUAUUUCAAAGAACGUUAGACGAGAAUCUGAGGAAUAUUUUCAUCAAAAGUAAAUAACAACUGCCUGCUACGCCACAGCAUUUGGCCGAACACAUGGUGCGCAUGCAGCAGAGUUCAAGGUCGGUUUAUUGUAGAAUAACCGGAGAUAGAUUUUGCUCUACAAGUAUGUAGGUUAUUAGCUGGUCAUGUUAGAAUCAAGGAUAAAAAAUAAAUAUGCAGUAUUAUAUUUUCUUAUGAAGUAGUCAACAAUAAUUAUAUAUAUUAUAGAUAUACUAAUUGUUUAUAACAGAGAACUUAAUUUUUUUUACAAAUGAAACAAAAUGUUGCUUAUCUUGAAAGUACUUGAGCUGCGCCAUGAGAAAACCAACAUAGUGGCUUUGCAACCAGCAUGGAUCCAGACCAGCCUGCGCAUCCGCACAGUCUGGUCAGGAUCCAUGCUGUUCGCUUUCAAAGUCUAUUGCAAUUAGAGAAACUGUUAGCGAACAGCAUGGAUCCUGACCAGACUGCGCGGAUGCGCAGGCUGGUCUGGAUCCAUGCUGGUCGCAAAGCCACUAUGUUGGUUUUCUCAUGGCGUGGCUCACUUGUUUCAGAAAAGCUUUGCAUAAUGUUUUUCAUUGAACAUAGGUUGUUUAUCUUUAUGUAACAGUUCAGUUAUUUGGAGAUUGAACAUUACUUCACAUCUUCAGCUUUUGGAUUUACAGUCAGAAACACACACCCUUGCACAUUUUUUUACGGAGGUUUGGGAAAAAAGCUAUUUUGAUAUUUGUUUUACACAUUUCUAUAAAAGGCAGUCAAAAAUGUAUAAAUGGAACUCAUUCUUUCAUUUUCACACUGCUCAUCCUUGUCAACAACUGUGAUAUGAACAUUUCAUCACAUUUUGAAUAAGUUUUUCAUGUUUUGGAAAGUUAUUCUUGCUCAGUGGCAGUAAACAUGCAGCAUGUAAAAACUGAUAAAGAGAGGAAGACUCAAAACUGAUUCUGUGUUAAGAGAAUAUUUUUAAUGAUAAUGUUUUUAAUGAUGUUGUGACAUGGUGUUUGUUAUAGUAAUAUAUUUUUAUACGAGGAAUAUUCUAUGGUGUCAAGAUGAAAUAUGCUUAUUAGAUUGGGUAAUUAUAGAAUGAAAUAUA